AUGGUAGGGAGAGCGGGAGCCGGAACUGGAGCCGUCGCGACUGGGAUUUGCGUCGCCCUGUUCGUCGCCUACUGCGUCUACUUUGACAGGAAGAGGCGUCGCGACCCGGAGCUGAAAGUCAAGCUGAGGGAGAGGAGGAGGAGGAGGAGGAGAAGGCAGAGGGAGGAAGAGGGAUGCGCAACGCCAAACCCGUCCCGCUACCCGGACCCCAGCCACCUCCAGGCCGGGCGGGCCUUUUUCUUGGAGGGGUUGGAGCUGGGGGAGGGGAGCCUGGCCCAGGGCGACGUCCAGGUGGGGGUCGAAGACCUGAGCAACGCCUUCACCGCUUGCCAGGGCCCCCGGAGGCUGCUUCGGGUCCGGCGACGCUCUGUGCCCCCGCCUGUCUUUCAUCUACUGCUGUCCCGGAUGUCCAAUGGGGGUCAAGGGGGAGAAGGGUGGGAGGAAACGGUGUCGGGGACUAAAACCGCCGUCGGGGCCGCAGACUGUUUCCGCGCCUUCGGGCAACGGUUUUACGGAGGGACAGUGGUUCAUGUUUGA